ACCGACAGAUGAGCUGUGGGAGGAAGAGAAGUUCAUAGCCACACAAAUGGCAUCGGUGAUGAAGAGCUUGUACUUGGACAAAAGCCGAUACGUGGAGGCAUUCCGCCUUUAUAUUAAGACUUCCACUGAACACCAGUCCAUGCUACAAUUCAUUAACACAAAGCUGCCAGAAAUUAUUUCAAGCAUAGAGAAUGAGAAGUCAUCCCUUAAUAUCCUUGGGAUAGGAAGCGGUUCAGGCGAAAUUGACCUGCAAAUCAUUUCAAAACUACGGGUCAGCCAUCCCGGAGCUGAGGUUAAUAAUGAUAUUGUAGAGCCAAGUGAUGAACAAACUAUAAAGUAUAAAGAACGCAUUGGCAAACAAUCAGGAUUGGAUAAUGUAACAUUUUCCUGGUACAAAAAAACUUGUCAAGAGUACGAGAGUCAAGUAACCAACGAUAGGCAAAAUAAAAAAUACGAUUUGAUUCAUAUGAUCCAGGUGUUAUAUUAUGUAAAAGAUAUCCCAGCAACAUUAAAAUUCUUCAUCAAUUUACUGGCACCAAAUGGAAAACUCUUAAUAGCCCUUCUCUCAGGAAACAGUGGUUGUUCUAUAUUGUGGAAAAAGUAUGGAACGCACUUACCACCAAAUGAUCUCUACUCUUACAUAACAGGAAGUGAAGUUGAAGAUGCUUUGAAUUCCAUAGGCGCUAAGUAUCAACGCUAUGAGUUGGACUGUGACAGAGACAUCACUGAAUGUUUUGUUGAGGGGAGUCACAUUGGAGAGCUCCUGUUGGACUUUUUAACAGAAACUUGUGAAUUCAAGAAAAAUGCCCCUUCUGAUCUCCGAGAUCAAUUACUGCAAGAUCUAAAGAAAGAUCCCGUGUCCAGUACUAAACAUGGAAAGCUCAUUUUCAAUAAUAAUAUGAGCGUGUUUGUGGUCAAAAAUGACAAAUCAGACACUUAAUUUAUACUAAACAGUGAAUUGUAGUGACAAAAAGAUUUUAAUAUUCAAUUCCAUUUUUUGUAAGUGACCAUCUCUGCUUGAAUAUUUGAUAAGAAAAUAGUAAACAAUUACUUAUUUUGAUCCUAAAGGUUUUUUUUUUUAUACUUUUCCAUAUACUUAAUUAAGCAGUGCUAUGCUAAAUGUAUACUCAUUUUCCCAUUUGCCAUUUGUCUUUUUUUUAUUAAAAUGUUAGUACAAUA